CAAGGCGCAGACAGAACGUCCGAUUGUGUAGUGCGUGCAGGUUGAAAUACACGGUCUCGCUGUGUCUGAAGGUGAAGCAAGCAAGAAGCAAAAGGUGCUAACCCCGGAACCAUGCUCGAUCGGAAGUCAACAAAUGUGGACGAGGAAGAUCAGCAGUACAUUGCGAGCUUUAUGAAAACAAAAAAGUGGCGAAAGAUUCUGGAACUGGGGCAAGAUUUAGCACCAGCUCAGCGAUCGAACUAUUUGUGGGCCUGGCCCCUCGAGAAGGAUGUGGAACAAUUCGGCAACGCACUCAACCGACACGGGAUACAAAAGAUUGCCAGUGUGGGUUGUGGUACCGGUUUGCUAGAGUGGAUCAUCAGCUGUGCAAAUGACACCAUCAGUGUUGUCGGUGUAGAGAUCGAUGAGGAAUGGUGGAACUCAAAGUACGCUCCCGUUCGAUACAUUCCACUAGUGUUCGUCAACGGAUCGGACAGUUCUUUACGGGAAGUAACGUCCAAAUGGCACGACGACCGACUAGAUGCACUUUUAUUUUGCUAUUUCAACAACGGCGCAGCAUUCGAACAGUAUGUUAAGGAGUUUUACGGUCGCUUCGUAAUACUAGUUGGCCCGGGCAAUGAAAAGGGUGUGCAUACCAAUCCUUUGCCUUUAGCACCAGGUGAGUGGUUUUGCCGCGAUUGGAAACUGGUGGAUCAGUUCACCAUCGGAAGUGAAAACAUCAAUUGUGUUGCGAUCUACGAACGGAUAAACAACGUAUCUACUUAGGUAUAAAACGAUCCUUUUUGGGUAUAAAUAUAAAUCAAUCAAAUUACGUUAAA